AUGGCCCCUUCGAGACAGAGGACAAGAUCGCCACAACCUACGAGGAGCUCCACCUUCAACGGCGUUUCCGUGCUUGGGAAUGACGUCUUCAAAACGGACGCCCUGGUGAAGCAGGACACGGGGUUCGGUUCUAGCACGAAGAAGGAGAAGGUUCGUGACAGAGGGGACUUGGUGAUCGAGAGUCACGACAAUGCGUUUUCGGUGAAGAAAUGGGAGAUGUUGUUUGGGUAUCAGUCGUUUGCGACUAAGGAUCCAAAGAUAUUUGAGAAUGCAAAGAUGUAUGUGGCUGAUAGGUUCGUGGGGGAGGGAGAAAAGCUGCUGAAAUACGUGCUUUGGUCGAACGGUCCUGAGAUCGAGAACCCCAGCCUUGGAAACAAACAGUGUGCUAGGAAGGAUUUUGUGGUGUUGUUUUCUCGGCUUUUGGUUGUGGAGCUAUUUCUUCGUUAUGAUUCUUUUGAAGUUGAGGUUGGAACCUCGCCGUUGGGUGCUUCUGUUAACAUAACCUCCCUCAAGAAAGCAAGCUCUUAG